ACUGUCCGUGAAGAUCCUAUGGAUGAAUGAGCUCUCCAUGACUGGGUCAUUAUGCAUGCUGCUACACAGCAUCGAUCAUCCACACCUAUCUAACACUCAAAGAGGAACCUAUCCGACGAACCCUUGACGCUUGAAAAUGCAGUACGAGGUAAAGAAGGGCGUCAAAUAUCUAGAAGGGCUGUGGAAGCGUUUCCCAAACCGUUCGCAUAGUGCGAGGUCGGCUGUGGGGAGAAUUACCUCCUCGGCCACUACCGAAUGCCGGCUUCUUCCCUGCAGAGCCCGUGCCCCUCCAAAAUCAUUGCGGUUUCUUGAUCGGUUUCACGAGUUACACGCGUAUAACCACACCGAUACAUUUUAUACCAGCACAACACAGUCACUAUGGGCCGCCCAAAACGCCAAGUACUUGCCACGAUCGAAGACACGAUUACGCCACCUGAUGUCCUGCCAGACUCGCAUCUCAUCGCGCGCAUUGUGAAAGCAGAGGGCAAGAAUCUCUACAACGCUGAGCUGCCUGGUGGAAAGUCGAUUCUCGCAGAGCUCGAGGCCAAGUUCCGCUCGACGGUGUGGAUAAAGCGGGGCAGCUAUGUCAUCGUGGACGCGUCUGCGUUGGCGGAUAGAGAUAAUAAGCUGGACGGAGAGAUUGUGAACAUAGUGAGGGACGAGAAGGCGUGGAGGAAGAUGUCAUACUGGCCGAAGGAGUUCGUCAAGAAGCCCGCCUACGAGGACAGCGACGAGGAGGAGUCGACGGUUGGGAAGAUGCCGCCUUCCGAUUCGGACGAAGAGUGAGCUUAUUC